UGGGGAGGGAUUUCCCAAGGAAAGUGUAAGGAAUGAUUUAGCCUUCAAGUGAGAUUGGUAUUCCCGUUCUAUGUGAUAAAAUUGCUAAUCCAAACACCAACACAUGAUUUUGAGGUUCCGAUUAUCGAUAACUGGGCUCAUUAACCACGAACCAAAUGCCUCGUAUACUCUAUUUGUUCUACUUCUGUUCCCAAAUCAUUCUAUUACAUACAUAACAGGCUAACAGCUACAACUUAAGUAGACUUGUUAGUUUAAUAAACCAGAUCGAAAGUAUGUUCCACUCAAACAUAAGAUUUCAGAGGUUGAAGUGAGUUUGGAAUUGACCACUUCUCUGUAAAGUAUAGAGCACUCCAUCAGGCUAAUUAUCUGAGCAGAUAUGUAGGUUUAGAUAUUGUUACUUGAGUAAUAGACAACCACAACUUGUCUUGCAGAACCUUAUUCCAUUAAUAUUCCCAUAUUCUUCUUCUGACCUAUGGCGAUAAGGUUCAGUCCUUUGCUUGCUAUAUAUACCAAGUAUUCAAAGCUCUGGUCUAUCAUAAUUGGCCAACAGAACAGUGACACUGGCUGCAAAGAUGGUUGUCUCACACUGUUCAAGCAGUUACUAUCGGCAUAUAGUUCAAAGUCCUUACAUUUCAUGGUCUAUGGAGGGCGAUUACCGGGGCUUAUCAAGCAAAAUAUCAGUCCAGCCAUUUGCUACCAAGUUACUGAAUGCUACCGUCACCAACUUCCCAUGUCUAUUACAAGGUGGCCAACAUAAGCAUAAAAAAGGAGUUCAAGUUUUAUCUCAAAAUAUCAGCCCACCAAGCUUUGCUGUCGAAUAUCUUGAUGGAAGGGAAGAUGAGUACAAUGGGGUCAUAAUCGAUCCAGAAAGCUUACCAUCUAGUGCCAACGCUUUUGCAUCCGCGCUAAAGGCUUCUCUUUCUAACUGGAAGUUAAAGUUUCUGAGUAUAAUGCAGGGUAAGAAGGGUAUAUGGAUGAAAAUAUUGCAAGAACAAGUUGAUCUUGUACCUAUAGCUAUCCAGGAAGGAUUCCACUUCCAUCAUGCCGAACCUGGUUAUGUUAUGCUAACGUAUUGGAUUCCUACGGGGCCAUGCCUGCUUCCUGCUAGCCCUUCGCAUCAAAUAGGCAUUGCAGCAUUUGUAAUUAACGAAAAACAAGAGAUUCUUGUGGUGAAAGAGAAAUGCCCUUGUACUUGCUCCGGAGUGUGGAAAUUACCGACUGGUUAUAUCAACAAGUCUGAAGAAAUAUAUGAUGGAGCCACAAGAGAAGUGAAAGAAGAAACUGGUAUUGACACAGCAUUCUUGGAAAUGGUUGCUUUCAGGCAUGCUCAGCUCGUGGCAUUUGAGAAAUCAGAUUUGAUGUUUGUAUGUAUGCUUAAGCCAUUGUCCACUGAAAUCACAAUUGAUGAAAAAGAGAUUGAAGAUGCUAAGUGGAUUCAAGUAGAGGAACUGAUAGCACAACCAUAUUACCAACAAGACGAAUUGCUAAAGACAGUAACCGCGAUAUGCAUGGCUGCUCAUCAGAAUCGUUGCUACGGCUUCACUGCACAUCAGUUGACCUCUAUAUUUGAUGGCCAGCCAUCAAAUUUAUAUUACAGAACCUGACAACAAUGACCUUGUUCUUCGUUUCUUGAAUUAAGGUGUUUGGACCACCUGGAAUGCAGAACAUAUGUUUACAUUUUCAGUUUUCUGUUCAUGUAUUCCUCAUUGACUGAAUGUGCUUCUUAUAUUUACAAUCAUGCAGUUUUUCUUUUCA